AUGUCUUCGUACGCCAUCACCGGAGCCUCCAAAGGCAUAGGCCUCGAGUUCGUUCGCCAACUCGCCGUCGAUACAUCCAACACAGUCCUGGCUAUAGUGCGAAACCCCAAAGCGGCCGAAAUAUCUCAGCUCGCCUCCAAAUAUCCCAACGUGCACGUCGUCAAAGGCGAUGUUACAGACCCAAAGUCCAUUCUCGAAGCCGCCUCGACCGCAGCUACCAUCACAGGCGGAAAGCUAGACGUGUUCAUCCACAACUCCAACGCCAGUGACUCGACUACCGCAGCUCUCAAUCCGAGUCAAAUCCCAUUUGAUUCUGAGGCAGUUCGGGCAAUAUUCGAACCGUCGUUCAGUACGGCCAUCUACGGCGGUCUAUGGGCGACAAACGCCUUCAUACCCCUGAUUGAGAAGGGUAGCCAGAAGAAGAUUGUGCACAUCUCCACCGCCAUGGGGGAUACGGAUUUCAUCAAUAAGACUGGCGUCAGCUAUGCUGUCGCGUACUCUGUCGCAAAAGCCGGGAUGAAUAUCCAGGUCGCCAAGUAUGCAGCAGAGCUUGCGCCGAAGGGGAUCAAAGUGUUAGCUUUGAGCCCUGGAUGGGUGAAUACGUGGGAGGGAGAAAAACCGGCUGAGGUGGUACAAGGGGAAGAGUACAUGCUGAAGCAGUUUCAGGUAGUCGACCCUGAACUCAAGGGGCAGAUUCUGCCUGAGGAGAGUGUUAGAAAGUGUCUCGAGGUGAUUGGGCGUCUGGAUGAGAAGAGGAGCGGCUUGCUCCUGAGCCAUCAUGGAGAUAGGGAGAGGUGGACUUAG